CAACAUGACACUGGCAUGGGCGCUCGUGCUUUGUGUGGUGAAUGAUGGGACAAUAGCCGCUCAUAUGACGAUGAGCCCCUCUGGCUAUUCAUAGCUAUCGUCCACAGCUACGUCUAGCUGUUGUCGGCUGGAGUGUGUCUGUGUGCAAGCGGUUUCAGGAAGAAAACAAACAAAAGAAAGCUCAAGAUGUGGAAACGAGAAAAAAUGUGGAUGAUUAAGCCACCAACUGAGCACCCAAAGGAGUCAAAAUACAGGCCUGUGCUGGAGAGUUUACUCCCCCGUGACCCAAUGAGCAGGUUUAAUCUGAAGAGAAGCUCCCCUAAAGAUGAGUUCCCAAACCUGGACAGAAACCACACCCUGAUGGGCCGGAUCCUCAACCUGCACAUGUACACGCGCCAGUUCAACCGGGCAACUGAAAGCGGCGUCAUUUUUGAUGAUAUCAUACGCCCCGGACUUGAGGAUCCGGGUCAGUCCACUGGACCAAAAGCAGUGGGCUGUUUAGCAGGGGAUGCUCAGUCAUAUAUCCUGUUCUGUGACUUCUUUGACCGUAUUAUCGAGUCUUACCAUGGCUACAAGGUCACCACUGACACUGUUCAAGAGAGCGACUUCAAUUAUGACAACCUGAAGGGUGGUGAUGACUUUGAUCAAGCAUAUGCUAUGAGUUGUGAGGUGACUGCAGGCCGCAGCACUGAGGACUACUGCUUCCCCACACACUGCAGCAGAGGAGAGCGCAGACAGCUCCUCACACUGGCCAAACCAGUUUUAGAGCAGCUGGGUGAGGAUCUGCCUGGAAAGCUUUACUCCAUAGAUGAACUCAGCCAUGAGAGUGAAGAUCGCAGGGCUGUGAUGGACUCUCCACCAUUGUCUUUGAUAAAGAUCGGUGUGGCUCGUGACUGGCCCGAUGCAAGGGCCCUGUGGUUAAGUGAGGAUGGGACCCUGGCUAUUUGGGUGAACAUGGAAGACCAUCUGAAACUGGUGUCUUACCGAAGUGAUGCCUGUUUACAAGAGGCAUUUAAAACGAUCUGCAUCAAUGUGCUGAAGAUGGAGACACUAUAUAAGAAACUGAGACAUCCAUUUAUCUGGAAGCCUCACUUGGGCUGGGUGGUCAGCUCACCUGCAGAGGUCGGCACAGGCCUGAAGGCAAGCGUCACAGUGAAACUGCUGCAUCUAGCCGAGAACAAACGCCUGGACGACAUCCUGGACAGACUACGACUUCAGAUGGAAGCAACUGGCUGUCCUGGCAUCUACAAAGUCAGCAACCUGCAGACCAUUGGUGUUAAUGAAGUGGAGCUGACUCAGCUAGUAGUGGAUGGGGUCAAACUUCUCAUCCGAAUGGAGAAAAGACUGGAAAACAACAGUGGCAUAGAUGACCUGGUACCUGCUCAGAAGUGAAGCGGCCAUCAGGAGGCUUGUUUUAUUAUUGCUCCAUUACCAUUGCUCUAGAGCAGGGAUCCUGAGAUCUGGCCCACGAGAUCCACUUUCCUGCAGAGUUUAGCUCUAACCCUAAUCAAACACACCUGA